AUGGCUAAGGCGUUCCAGGACCUUGCCAGGGGCGAACAGCAAGCUGCAGCUCUGGAAGCAAGCCUGACGAGCUUAGAGAGCAAGCUCAAUGUCCUAUUGGCAUCGUUUGAAGGUGGACCUGGCUCGUUCGAUGCCGGUCAGGUGAAAGACAGCUAUGAAAAGCAGGGACCCGAGGCAAAGAAAUAG